AUGUCGGUGAUAUUCCACGAGAAUCCGGGUACAAGUCUCGGUUCUGUGGUUUCAUCCGACACCAAUCCAUCAUUCAACCAUACUCUUUCGAUUGAAACGAGUCCCGAAUGGAUCGACGAUUUGUUUUCCAAUGUUUCAUUUAUCGAUUCGACGACACAUCAAGUGAUUCGAGGAUUUUGUAGAGACGUUUUUGUGUACAGGUUACCCGGAGGCUUUCGAAUCCGCUACUGGGACGCUGCCAUCCUAAUACCCAACCUACUCUUUCUUCUAUUCCUAUUCCUAAAAUGUACCAGUGUAAUUCGAAAACUUCAAACUGGCAACUCUCCAGUUUUACGAGCAUUCACACUUCUUGUCUACGUUUCCACACUGGUAAACAUCAUUCGAUGUGUCUACAGUAUGACGCUUUCAAUGACAGAUGGCAUCGAACAAACUGUUGAUCAAACUUUAUGGAUUAUUAUCAAAUUCUUCUAUCUAACCGCCGAAUUCUGUGCAUUGACAUUUGGCCUGUUAUUUGGUCAUUUGGAUAAUGGAAGGUCGAUUUUGAUCGCGUUGCUUGGAACGCUAUUGGUGUCAAUUCCACAUACAGCUGUACAAGUUAUAGUGGAGAUGAAGAUAAUCGAUAAUUCCUGGCUCCCAUUGACCUACUUCGAUAUCGAAUCCGAUGGUGGCUUCGUUUUCUGGGUAUUAUCUUCUGCAACUCUGGCUCUUGUCUAUUUUUUCAUAAUGUGUCUACCAUUGGUUUGCUGUCAAAAGUAUACAAAACUCCCUAGCAAUGGAUCAUUUUUCAUUUACUGCAUGAUGAUGGUCACAUUGAAUAUUCUUCAAUCCAUGGGAGCCGCCUUAAUCCUUUUCAAGUCUUCGGAUGGCUUAUGCUUCGUUGGAGUCUCCACAUAUGUCUACUUUGUCCUCUAUCCACCGAUCAUUUAUUUCACAUUCCUGAGGAGAAAGUUGAAAACUCCUCCAAACAACACAUCUGGACUAUUCAUGUAUCGGAAGCAUAAAGAUGAGCAAGGAUCUGGAGACCUACCGGAUUCUUAUUAUCCACGAUUCUCCGGAUUGACGUCUCCGAGUUAUGAUGAUUUGUUUGAUUACGAUCGGGAUGCUAGAUUCACGCAUUACGACAUUUCGACGAAUGAAUAUGUUCAGCACCCUCACUACAACACCUACUCCACACCAUUGAUCAUGUCGACUGUGGAAACUGCGGAAUCUACAGUAACCACGCGAACCGGAUCUGAUGACUUCGCUCACCACCGCGACUCAAUGCUCUCUGAACCAUCCACUGGCACCACAACUCGCCAUUUGAAAGGUCUUGGACCACAAGGAUCUCUGGUUUUCGAAGAGGAUCCAUCAAGUCUGAGAUUGUAA